AUGAUUCCCGCAGCCACCGCCAAGUACGACUGGAUCCUUGCUCUUAUCAGCAUUGCUUUUGUGGUCAGUGCUUUCGGGAACGGAGCCAACGAUGUCGCCAACUCCUACGCCACUUCGGUGGCUGCUCGCACUCUAAAAAUGUAUCAGGCCAGUUUACUCGCCACCUGCACCGAAUUCGUUGGUGCUGUGGCUCUAGGAGAACGUGUUACGGAUACUAUCAAAGACGGCAUUAUUGACAUCAACCGGUUCGAGGGCAACCCUGGAACUCUCAUGCUCGCCAUGGGUUGUGCUGAGUUUGGCAGUGCUGCGUGGCUAACCAUGGCUAACUACAUGGGCUGGCCGGUGUCAACCACGCAGACUAUCGUCGGCGCUCUUGUUGGUGUUGGGCUUGCUGCGCAGGCUAGUAUCCACUGGGAAUGGACCGAUGGUAGUGUGUCGCAGGUUGCUGCGUCCUGGGGUAUUGCUCCUGCUAUUGCUGCCGGUUUUGCUGCUAUCGUUUUCGCCACUCUUAAAUAUUCGGUCCUUGAACGCCAGGACUCAUUCAAGUGGGCCAUGCGCCUGAUCCCCGUCUACCUUGCUAUGACCGGCGCUAUCCUCGCCCUCUUCAUCGUCAUCGAAGCUCCUAGCGAACCCUUCGAGACAUUCGGGGUCGGUAACGGCGUUGGAAUCAUUCUGGGCGUGUUUGCUGGCUGCUUGCUGGUGGCUGUCGUUUUCUUCUUGCCCUACUUCCAUCGCCGUUUGGGCAAGGGUGAUACCCGCGUCAAGUUCUACCACCUUCCUCUUGGCCCGUUAUUGUUGAAGGAUAACUGUCCGUUGUACUUCCCGGCCAAGAGCGAUACCGUCGUCCUUAACUACUACGAGGAUUCGUAUGGACAUGUGUGGGCCGGGCAGAAGGAUGCACUGAAAUCCCCGGAACCUCAGCACUCAUCUCAAUCCAAGGCUCUCGAAAGCACCAGCGAUGUCGAGCAUCACCCCGAGUCUGUUGAAUCGACCCCCCAUAUUCAGCCCAAGAAGAAGCACGUCGAACCCGAAGAACGCUUCCUCGACCCUGUCCGAAACCUGCCCUGGUACAGCCCCCUCAAGAUUUGGGGCUACAUUAAGUACUGUCUUCUUCAGGGUGUGUCUCGCGAUGUGGUUACACACGACUCCCAGCACCUCCGUGCUAUUCACGCCCGAGCCCAUAGAUACGACGACCGUGUGGAGCAUCUGUGGACCUACUGCCAGGUUGUCUCCGCCAUGAUGAUGUCUAUUGCCCACGGUUCUAACGAUGUUGCUAAUGCUGUUGGUCCCUGGGCCGCAACAUACAGCACUUACCUUGCUGGUGAGGUUAGCACCGAUGCUCCCACUCCAGUUUGGUUUUUGGUCAUUGCCGGUCUCCUCUUAGGUGCUGGCUUCUGGUUUUACGGUUUUAAAAUUACGCGCGCACUCGGCAAUAAGAUCACCCAAAUGUCACCCACCCGUGGUUUCUCUAUCGAGCUAGGUGCCGCCAUUACCGUUCUUCUCGCCUCGCAUUUUGGCCUGCCAGUCUCGACCACGCAGUGUCUGACUGGUGCUUCCAUGGGUGUUGCCUUGAUGAACUAUGACCUGGGAGCUGUAAACUGGAGACAAUUGGCUUUUAUCUUCUUUGGCUGGGUUCUGACCUUGCCUUGUGCUGGUCUAAUGAGUGGAUUGUUGUGCUUGAUGGCAUUGAACUCUCCUCACCUCUAA